UACCCUCUAUGAAUGACGAGCAGGCGGCGGCCGACGCUCUGCGAAGCGAACGUCCCGAUGAAGUGCAGAUAGGCGUGGUCGUUCUUCCCCUCGUGCUCUCUGCGGCCCUGGUGACUGUGGUGGUGGCGUACCGAUGUUUCGCCAACAGGCUCCGGCGAGAUCGCCUCGCCCUUGAGCGUCAAGAGGAGGUCGAAGAGAUAAGAGCUGCUCGAGGGAGAGAAGAAGCAGGGGAAGGGGGAUCACCUCAUCGAAGUGCUGCCAUGGCGGGGCUGGGCAAAGACCAAUAUAUGUCGGCGUACAAGAAGCUAUUGGCCCAGGCCUGAACAUAGAAGAGGCCUGUCUUCGUCAGCUAAUAAGAGUCUGGGCACGGAUAUCACUGAUUUUUUCGCCGUAUAGCGUGCAGGUUCAACAUGUGCUCGGAGAAUCGAGCAAGGCGCAACUGUUGUACCAUACCGGUCUACUCGUUUUGUAGAACACGUCUGUAUAAACUGAAUUGAAUUUUGGUGCUUGAUGUUUUCUGCGAACCUCGGUCGAGUUGAAAGCAGGGAAUUGUGUGUCCUCUUGCUGAGUAGAUGCGGAGACCUAUUCCGACGAACAGUUUGCCUCCUCAACGAGUCUUUUUGUAAAUACUUGGUCAACAAGCGCCAAGGCAGUGUUGUUUUGUUUGCGCAAGGAUUUCGAGUUCCGGGAAGGGCACGCCCGAAGCGGGGUACGGGGUUGCUGGUGGGGGGUCUGUUCAGCGGCCUUAAACUUGAAGCCCCAACACGUAGACCUAUUCGAGGAAGCACGUAGACCCCUGCGAGGCAUUCGUGGGUGCUUACUGGUGCGUGUACCCGUUGCGCAUAGGAUACGCUGUGAGGUCGCGAAAGGGAACGUACGUACGCCUCUAGUAUGGUGCAUGUAGUCCAAACAGCAGCUUCCCUCUUGACACGAGGGCAUUCGGCUAUCAGGAGUGUGCCAGGUGUUGUGGCAUGGACCCUCUCGGUCUCCAUGUUUU